AUGCUUCUGGCGCGGAUGAAGCCGCAGGUGCAGCCCGAGAACAGCGGGGCGGACCAGGGGCCCGAGCAGCCUGUGCAAGGGCGCAAAGCCGCCGAGCUGUUGGUGGUGAAAGAGCGCAACGGCGUCCAGUGUCUCCUGGCGUCCGGCGCCGACGACGAGCAGCCCCGGGAGACCUGGGGCAAGAAGAUCGACUUCCUGCUGUCGGUGAUAGGCUUCGCGGUGGACCUGGCCAACGUGUGGCGCUUCCCCUACCUCUGCUACAAGAACGGUGGUGGACCAGGCAUGCUGGUGGCACUCAAGAGGUUUGUGUUAUUGUUUCGAAAACAGACGUGA